AUGUCUGCCAGCAGAGCCUCGUCCUUGCGUGCCCUCAAAUUCCUAUCCGCCCACAGCCGCCAGGUCGUCCGCAGCCGCCAGGUGCGCGGCCUGCACAUGACCGGCCCUGCCACCUUCCCGUCCCCUCUGCUCACCGCCGAGCGCCCGGCGGUCAGGCUUCCAAAAGAUAUCGCCGGCCUUCGCGCAGAGUGUGCCCGGAGGCAGCUUCCCACCGUCGGAUCCAAGUCUGAGCUUACUGAGCGCCUGACCGCCGAUUCGCUGCAGGCCCGUGGCUUCAGCUCUGCUGUCGAAACGAGCAAGCGCCCUACUGCCGACGCCUCCGCUUCCGCUUCCGCCCAGCCCGCCCGCCACUUCAACACCAGCCGCACCCUCAAGUCCGUCAACGACAGCUCCACAAUCGACUUUGCCUAUCUCCCCGAGAGCACCGCCGAGGCUGAGUCGUUCAAUGUUCGCGUCCCGCUGCUUCCGGACGUCAACUUCAACUCCCCUCGCGCCCAGACUAUCGAGGAGCUCGAAUCCCCCCAACCCAUGCGCCCGGAGAUCAGCACGGUCUCUGCUGACACGACAUAUUUCCAUGCACCUUCUGCCCUCAGCGAUGUGACCGACAAUUCUGCUAUCGAUUUCCAGGGUCUUGCUAGUGCGGCUACUUCGGCUGCGUCCAGAAGCGUUGCCCAAACCGAAAGUACCAUCAAGAGGGUCUGGAACGGUUUCCUAGACGAUCUUCUUGCCCCCAAAGCGGCCGGCUUCGCUGCGAGUCGUUAG